AUGAGUAAAAGGCUAGCGAGAAAAACAAUCAGUUCACUGCCUUCUUCAAGCGGUGGUGAUGCACUGUUAAAAUGCCUUAGGCCCCUUGGCGUCGGCGUUUCUCCUUCUCUGCGGUGCCACCCGUGCUUUAAUACACCCCCUCGAUUGGCGCUGUGCGUCUUCGACAAUGUUCUACCCGCUUGCCCAUUAGCAGUCGUGCCAGACACCGCCGUUUGGACUGUCGGCAGUGUGCAUGACAGUGACGUGGAUGGUGUGAUGCCACCACCAGAGGUGUGCCUGGCUGCUCUUCCACCUGGGCAACAGAACCGUCUCUUCGAGGCCUAUUACUUGGCGCUCUACUUUGCAUUUAAUGCAUGUCGAAAUAGAUCCACAUGGUCAGCGUGGCAGACGCAGCAAAUGCCACCGAAUACAACCCACUGGGAAGGUAGGCAUGUGGCGACUGCGUUCCUUCGGUCACUUUCUCAAGUUGCUCUGACGCCUCCGCUAGACAUCUUCAUCUCUAUGAGCCAUUACGCAGUUUCCCAUUCCUGCCGUUUGUCAAGAGAUGGGUCGCGCAUGCAAAUUGGGGGCCCAACACUGGCAUUGCUCCCUGUGGUAGAUGCCACACUGAUAGAGGGCAAUGAAGAGGCAAAUGUAUCUUUGCAGAAGUGUGACGCACGACAUGUCCGCAACCUCAAGAAAACACAUCCUCUAUUAUACGCGAGACGGUGUCUUCAGUCAAAAUCAGAUGAGGCAGGGUAUUGGGUGUUGCAAACGACCAAGUCGGUUGCGAAGGGAGAGCGGCUGAUAUUACGCUACGAACGGUAG